AUGCCCUCCAACGGCUCGUAUCAGAACUCGAACCAUCCUCAUAUAGGACCUUGGACAGGCCCAACCCAUCGGCCGUGGCUGUACCUCAAGAGGGCCGGCGUUGCCGCGUCGUAUCCUUUGCGUGGCAUCUGGUUCUUCAUUCAAAACCGCGAGUUCUGGCCACUCCUGGUGGGAAGGAUCCUGCCCAUAUCCCUAAUCUCGUUCUUGGUGUACCUUUUACUCUUCACGUUUGCCUUCUUACCCCAGUAUGCUUUCUUAGCGAUAUUCCAUGGCUGGGGCGCAUGGGUCAAUGCUGUGGUACUGGUACUAGGCGAAGGAUUGGUCAUCAUACAGGGCUUGUUCGAGGGCUUCUUCGUUGAUGAAUGUCGAGUGGAUGUAUUUGAUGCGGCCCUUAUCAAGCUUGGACAUAAGGAUCUUAUUGCACCACAGCGAAUCCUGUUCUUAGACGCACCGAACCCGGUCAGAAUGCUCGGAAAACCCACUACUGCUGCCAUCUACACUCCAUGGAGCAUCAUCCAGAUUGUUGAGCUCAUUGUCUUCUUACCACUCAACCUCGUUCCAAUUGUUGGCACACCUGCCUUUAUCAUCAUCACUGGAACUCGACUCGGCAAGCUCGCUCAUUAUCGCUGGUUCCAAAUCAAGGGUUUCUCAAAAGCUGAGCAGAAGAAGGCGUUGAGGGAUCGCGCGUGGGAGUAUGUUUGGUUCGGCACAGUUGCUAUGAUUCUUGAACUCAUCCCUGUCUUGUCGCUCUUCUUUCUCCUGACAACUACAGCUGGCGCAGCUCAGUGGACGGCUCGCAUCGAGGAGGAGAGUAGGGGCCCUGCUGAGAAUACUGCUGCGAACGGUCAGACGUAUCAAAAUGAUGCCCACGAGGACCCUCACCCCGAUGCACCUCCCCCUUACACUGAUUAUUCCGAUGAUGUAGGAGGCAACUGCCGGCUGGCAGCUGCCUCACGCGCUCCUUCCUCCUCUUGUCGUGACUUCCUCUCCCACUGGCUCGCGCAACUCCUCAACGAACGCGUCAUCCCCAACAUUCUGCCGCUCCAGGAGGAAGGAACUCCUGCCCUCGUCCCCCUCGUCCCUGGCAUCCACCGUAUAUAUCCUUCUCCUCUCGAUCUCGUUCCCAAAACCUUUUCUUCUCUUCUUCAUCACACCUCAUCUUCUUUUCUCUUCAUCCUCAAUCCUCCUCAGUUCGAGAAGAGGCAUCUUCUCAGUCCUCUCGUUUCUGUUGCAUUCAUCUUCAAGCUCUCUCUUCUCAGCUUUUCUGGCAAAGCAUUUUACACUUGCCCACCAACAGAAAUCAUCUCACAUUUUCUCUCCUCCUUGUACACGCCCCUCAACUGCUCGACUUUCUUCGCGUCGAAGUUGAUCACUCAAGAUGCAAACCCCAACGGGAGCCCAGUUGGUAGCUCGCCUGGUGGCUCCGGCAACAUCAUUCCUGGCAACACCGACGGGUCUGGUAACCCUUCGUACCCAAGCAGCGCUACCGGAAACGUUCCUGGCCCCUUGCCCAGCAGCGUCGGCCCUGGCUCUACCGACGGUGGCUCUAACGGUCUCCCUCCUAAUGGACCUAGUGGUGUCCCUGGUGGUGUCCCUGGUGGUGUUCCUGGUGGUAUCCCUGGAAACCUUCCUGGUAAUUCUUCUCCCAAUAUCCCUGGUGCUGGUUCAAUUAUCGUUCCUGGCAGCUUUCCUACCAAUGCACCUCAGAACAUGCCUGGCUCACCUGGGUCUCCCAACGCUGGUGGCUCUGACCUCCCUACCUGUUCUCUUCGCUCCACAAAGACUGUUGUUGUCACUGUCUACCCCACAGAUACUCAGGACGGACAAGAUUUCCCGUGGCCAGACGAUUCGGAUUCUGAUGGCUCAGAGUUCCCAUCACCCUUCCCUACCACGCCUGCGGAUUUUACUUCUCUGAUGCUCGCAUCUUCUGUCCCUCCUUUCACCACGUUGACACUCGACAUUUGGGGUCCCGAUGGUAGCCCUUCAAGCUCUGGUUCAGGGUCAGAUGAUGGUACAGGAUCUGGUGAUAGCAGCAACCCAGAAGAUGGUAACGGCACAGACAAUGGCAACAGCGUCGGUGGUGUCAACGAUCCUAGUGAUGGUUCUGACAGCUCAAACUCCGGCCCCAACUCCGGAUCUGAAUCGGGUGUCAGCAACAGCUCUGGGUCAGAUGGCGAGAAUAGCUCUCAGAAUAACUCCGAUUCCCCAUCCUUCUCCCAGACCCCUGGCUCCAAUGGUGCACCUGGGUAUUCUGAUGGCGCUCCUGGUGAUGAUUCCUCUGUGGGUUUCCCUGGAGCUUCUGGUGCCAACACCGCUGCCCCCACUCCUUUCCCGGGACCUGGCUCUCCAAGCAAUGGUGGUGUACCAGGCAGCCAGCCCCAAUUCCCUUCUGCUAUGCCUCCCCAAGAGGCGAGCGACAGUCUCCCAGUCACCACCCAGGCAGGUCCUCAAGGCCAAGGCGAGAACUCCCCAUGGUUCACCAACGUCCCAGGAGGAAAUGAUGCUGGCCAACCUAUCCCCUCCUUCAUCACUAUCACUGGCCAAGACGGACUACCCACUAUUGUCAGCAGCGGAAGCAAUGUUGGCCCUGGCCAAGAACAGCCUUCAGCUACCCCAGGGUUCACCCAAAGUGGCAACAACCCAGGCCUCCCAGGUGGAGUUCCUACAGUAUUUCCACUACCCUCUGCUGUAUCUGCUGGUCUCCCUGGUUCACAAAGUCCUUCCAACUCCCAAGCUGGAUCUCUUCCUGGCAGCGGACCUGGAGGGGGAAUCACUACAUGUGCAACCUUCACCAUCACUGGCACCGACGGCCUUCCCACAGUGAUUGACUCCACGUGGGUUGUCCCUUACAGCACACCUUCCUUUGAGGACUCCUCACAACUUCCCGUAACUGGCAUUCCCCAAGCCUCACUCUCUGGGAUACCAAUUGAUGUUGGUAGCAUCCCCACUGGUCCAAUUUCUGCACCUGGCAUACCUCACGACGGGUCUGGAGGCUCUGGCUCAUCAACGUGCACAAGCUACACCAUCAUUGGCACUGACGGGCUUCCCACGGUGGUUCACUCCACUUGGGCUGUUCCUGUGACUGGAUCUGACCCUGACUCUGGACAUCCAUCUGGCGCUCCUGGCUCAGAGUCUUCAGGGGGCUUCUUGACCAUUUCCGGUUUGUCAACCUUCGGCCCCGAUGAUAUUCCAGGAUCCCUUUCUACAACAUCCAACUUGGGCGGCGCUAUCCCUGUCACCACUUCCACGAGUUACACUAUCGUUAGUGCCGAUGGUCUUCCUACAGUUGUGGGCACCACUUUGGUCAUCCCUGGGCCGACAACUACUGACCCCAGUAUCAGCACUGGCACCAAAGAACCCUCGUGGGCUUCGGAUUCUCUACCCAACGGCGUUACAUCUGCCAUAACCAUGCAAACCACUGGAGCUCCCGAACUACCCUCUUCUGGCCCGUCCGAUGCCUCUGGAUCUGAUGAUGGAAGCGAAGGCAUUGCCACUUGUACUAGCUACACUACCAUUGGACCCGAUGGUUUUCCAACAAUUGUCGAUUCGACCUGGGUUAUCUCAGGAUCUGCCAACACUCGAUCCGAGUCACCGAGCAAUCCCUCUUUUGUCUCCGACUCACUUACUUCUGGCCUUCCCACUGGAAAUCCUGGCCCAGUGACAUCCUCCCCGGGUCUCCCCUCCAAUGGAAACGAUGGUGAGGUGUCUGGUCUCAGCACCUGCAUUACCUACACAGUAAUCGGAACAAAUGGCCUUCCAACAGUUGUUGAUUCGACAUUUGCCGUUCCCACUGGUACUGAAAAUCCUGCUGGAGCAAGCCUUACUGAUGACCAAACUGAUUCAUCUCUUGGUUCUCCAAAAGCAUUCACCACGAUCACAACUGCUGUCGUACUUGGCCCUGACGGAAAGCCGACACCAAUUGAGCAGACCAUUGUCUUCAGUGACUCUUCUGCGCUUGGUAUUUCUGCUGAUGUUCCCCAAGCAACGUCCUCUGGCAUUACACCCCCAUCUAACUCUGAGCCUGUCUUCACUACAGGCGACCUGGGCCCUCUUUCUACCAGUAUCCCAACCCUCAACGGCUACAAUGACGGAAUGCCUGAAGACUCCAUCUCGGUUAUACUCACCGAUGCUAGCGCCGAUGCGCAGGGUACUUCUGCUUCUGGUACAACCACUGGAACUUUCACUUGGACUGUCACUUCUGUUGUUGACACUUCAAAUGGUCCCGUGUUUUCAGAUGGUGCGGAGCAGCCUCCCUUCACCAGUAACCCUUCAGGCGACGGUUCUUCUGAUCAGCUUCCCCAGACUGCGUACGGACCUGUUGCAAGCGAGAACACUCUCUGGCCUCUUUCUGCAGGCACUGCCACUCUACAGACCACUACCUGGACCAAUGUCAUCAAGGAUGAGACCACUUCUUACACAAUCGACUACCCUCUCACCACUCUUGCCACUGUCACCGUUCCCCGAAAGCGCUUCUUUCGCCGCCAAGGCAUGUCUUGGUCUAACACCACUGCCUCUGACUCCAGCGUGACUUCUCCCACGGCAACAGAAACGACCUCCAAAGCCAGUUCUCCUUCCAUCUGUGCAACAGGAGGAAGCAUUGGAAAUACCACCAUUGAUUUCGAUAACUCCAAACCCGGGCCUCUCUUCAAUCCCGUUGAGAACAUCUGGUUUUCAGGAGGUUUCCUUAUCGCACCACCUUCUUCUAGGCAAUCUCAACCAUACAUCCCUACUUCUGGUGGUCAGCUAGUGGAGUUUGUUCCCCCGGCGCUCUCCAACACAACAUCUACGAUCUCGGGAGACGUCGCCCAGAUUGGUGUAGGCCCCCAUGCCGCCAGCCCUUGCUUCCGAUUCGACCUCUUUGGAGCCAGCCUCGGAUGUGAUGCCCAUGGAGACGAGAAGUGGUGCGAGUUUGAGAUCUCAGCCUACCGCUGGAAUGAGACCUCGUCUACCGAAGAGUCCAUCGCUUGGUCGGAAACCAAGCAAGUACCGGCCUGUCCAACAUUUUCCGAGGGCGGCUACGAGCUGAACCGUGUCGAUCUGGAUGGCUAUACAGACCUCUCGUCGGUUCUGAUCACCGUGCGCGUUUCUCAAAAUCUGCGUGUUUGGUGGGGUGAUGACUUCCGUGUCGGCUGGACUGACAACAGCUGUAUCGCUGCCUCUUGUCGUACCAACGUCCCAUCCCAGCUUGUCAAACGAGAGACUGUUUUCUCUGCUCUCCGACAAGGUGUUUACCAGUGGACACCUCAUGAGCUCAAGCGUCUGGAAGACAGUCUGGUUUAG